UUGCUGCAGCAGUGGGAGCGGGAGCGGGAGCAGUGGGAGCGGGCGCGGGAGCGGCUGCGGGAGCUGCGGGAGCCGGAGCGGGGGAUUGAGUUGCUGCAGCGAUAUUUUCAAGCCUUGGGAACUGCAGUACCAUACAUUGCUCUUCUUCUUUUUCCUCUUUGCUGUUCUCCAUGUUAUGAAUCCCUUUCUUCCUUCAUGUUAUUUCUGUUGGAGACAUGGUCAAUGGUGACGGCAGUCAAUGAGAUAACUCGCGGGUUUCUGUUUCUAGGCACUAAUGGUGUCGUAAUUCAUCAGUUGGCAUCGGUGAACUCUUUUACAUUUGAGAAGAGGAACUUACUGAGCUUUCGGGAAGCUUUUAGUAUGUCCCUUCCACCGAUGGUACAUAUCAGCAUGAUUCUUUUGAGUUUAGCUCUGAAUUUUGUGCUCCUAUUCCGAGUUUACCCUGGAAUACAAUGUGUUCUUCUACUCCUCUGCAUAUUAAUGCCAUUGUAUUAUUUUGCUGAACUAGCACAUAAAGCAGCUGGCAUUGCUGUAAACUUAGGAAGGUCGUACAAGAUGCCCCUCAUAUGGUUUUCUACCUUAGGGGGCCUUGGCAUCUCCCUAAUUGGUGGUUCAAUGGUACUGCUGAUAGUUUUUCUAUCCUGGCUAUAUGCAAGAAGAAGAGGACUGGAAUUCCAAGGAAUAAGGGUGAAUGGGGAUUCCAUAAUAGGGGCUAUGAAUGCCUGAAUAACUCAUUGAUCUCUCUUGUUUUAGCAAUGUUUCGAAUCGGACCGUCCGAUCAUGUAAUAGCUUAUAGAAUAUCUUCCUAUCCACAACCUGUAGUUUGAAUAUUUUUGCAAUGGACUUAUAACUGGUUUACGAUGAAUGUGUCUCUGGCUACGGUAUAAGAAAUGGUUGAUAUUUGAGUUUUUAA